UCUAUUUUUGGCAUCGUCAGCUGGCGUCGUCCAGCCCGUCCAGCGUUGUCACGUUCGCGAUUUAAUAUUCGAACAUGUAUAAACGUGGGGCGUUGAUAGUUUUGGAGGGUUGCGACCGGGCCGGUAAGUCGACCCAAGUGAAGAUGCUGAUGAACGCGUUGAACGAUCUGAACAUCCUCGCGAAGGCCCGAGCAUUUCCAAACAGAAAGACCCCAGUUGGAACUAUCCUAAAUAGCUUCUUGUCCAAAGAGAUAAACGUGCCACCGGAGGCGGCUCACUUGCUGUUCUCUGCCAAUCGCUGGGAGUGCAAGGAGGACAUGGAGAAAACGCUUCGAUCCGGCGUCACUCUGAUAAUGGACAGAUACGCAGCUUCUGGUGCUGCGUAUACGGCAGCCAACACCAGCAGAAGUAUCAACUGGUGUCAGCAGGCCGAUAUGGGUCUUCCAAAGCCGGACUGCGUGGUGUUUCUCAAAGUAUCGAAGCGACAACAGGAGCUGCGCAGCGAUUGGGGAAAGGAAAGGUUUGAGCAUGACGAGUUUCAACAGCGAGUCGACGCCAAUUACGAGAAAUUGAAAGACGAUACGUGGAUCGUUAUAAACGCCGAUCAAGAUGAAUCGGCGGUGCAUGCCGAAAUACUGCAGAAAACACUGUCUGUUAUUCAAGAAGUUCAAUAUCGUGAUAUAGAAUUGCUAGAUGGAGCAAAUAUACAACCCUCUACUGAAGUUUCAACCUCUAUUCAGGAACCAUCAGAUUUAGGAUCAAAAUUGAUCCUAUCAAACUUGGCAAUGAUUAAGAAUUUAGAAGACCAACUCUCUGUUUCUUAUCAGAGGAAAAUUCAGAAUAUUCCUAAAGGACUAUCACAGGAUCUUGUUCUACAGAUUCAGAUUGAGCUAGAUCAAUGGAAGGAAUCAAUAGAGUCUGAAAUCAAGAAAAAGUUCCAGCCACUGCAAAAGGUAAUUUCAUUUUGUAAUAUUGUUCUAAAAAAUCUAGGAGAAUUGAUGGAAUCAACAGAGUUUAAAAUCGAGAUAGUCUCCCAGCCGUGUCAAAAGGCAAUGUCAGAUUAUAAUAGUCUUCUAAAAGAUAUAGGAGAACAUAUGAGUGCACAAUUCAAUAGAAUUCUUACAAAAAUGGAUUUGUGAUCAUUAUCAUAAGUUUCGACUCGAUCUCGGCAAAAUAAAAUACCCUUCGGGUAUUUCCGGAUUCGGAUCGCACACUUCAUGCGCGUGUGUGCAUUUGUACGUGAAAUACAUUACGUCCUCGGGGCAUGAUUGAUGCUCCAGCACGUUAGUAUUGUACCAUAAAUGAAACUAUAGGAAUUGCGAUAGUACUUGGAAUGUAAAAAAUAUGAAGAGAAAUGCGUGUUACACUGUAUUUGCAACAAUAUUAAUAGUACAAGUUAGGCAUAAUAUAAAUAUUUUUACACCAUACGUAUACAAGUUGUAAUCUCUAAAUCUUUUUAUAUUUAUAUAUUAUAUACAUCUUUGAUAUGAUAUAAGUUGUGUUUAUUAUAUUUUAUUCAGAAGGAGAAAGGUGAAAAAGUGCUAAUUCCUUUAUAUAGAACAGAACAAAAGUUUAAGCUUUAAAGAGAAAGAAAUCGAUGAUUAACAUUGAUUCCUUCCUCUUUAAGAAUAUAUUCGCCCGCAUUGUUACACUUGUAAUUGUUAUACAGGAUCAUUUAUAAAGAUUGGAACUUGA